CUUCUCCAAGUAGCCAAGAGAAACAACGGCCGUACAUUUACAGAGCUGUCGUCAGCCAAACAUAUGGCAAAAAUAGACCUUGUUCUUUCUUUUUAAUGUGGUGUGUACUACAUUUUAAAAAUUCCGCCGAAAAAGAGAAGACGAUUUUCCGAAACAUUUUCGCCGUUAUCUCACGGCUCCCUCUUCUCUUUACAGGGGUAUAACUGCUACCCAGAAGGCCUAGGGGCGUCCCUUUACCGGGAGCGCUUUGACUUCAACGCUGAGCCGCCUUGGGAUCCUAGCUGAUAGCGGGACACGGCCUUCUACAGACUUGUCCAUGACCCACGGCUCAGUCGCGACUUUGACUACUUGACUACUACUUCUUUAUGAUUGUCUGCUGAAUACGGUUGAGAUGAAAGGACUCGCUGACGAACCAAACCACAUGAUUGAACUCCUGGAGGGAGGAACCACCCUGGAAGAUGUCAUUGACGGGCAUGUUUACGAACAAGCUCUGGCUGAAAAGAGUGUGUUUGUAGUGUCUGACCUUGGGUCCCUGAUGAGACAGCAUGUCCAGUGGCAGCUCACCAUGCCCCAGAUCAGGCCCUACUACCAGGUCCAAUCCAACAGCAGCCCGGUUGUCAUCGAGGUCCUGGCCUCUCUCGGUCUCGGCUUCGUCUGUGCUGACAAGGCUGAAGUCAGUCUGGUGUUGGACCACGGCGUGCCCCCUGACAACAUCAUCUUCUCUGGAGUUUGCAAACAGCUGUCCCACAUCAAACACGCAGCCAAGAAUGGCGUCGACCUCUGGGUGUGCGACAGCGAGACGGAACUCUACAAGAUAGCCCGUUCUCACCCCAGAGCCAGGCUGCUGGUUCAGGUAACUACGUGGGCCCAGGCAGCAGAGACCAGCAUGGAGUUUGGCUGCUCUCUGAAGAGCUGUAGACACCUGCUGGAGGCUGCCAAGGACCUGGGGGUGCAGGUGGUGGGAGUUACGUUUCACAUUCCCAGCUCCUGCAAGGACCUGCAGGCCUACACCCACGCGCUGUCAGAUGCCCGCUGUGUGUUUGACAUGGGGGCGGAGUUGGGGUUCAACAUGAGCAUCCUGGAUAUUGGUGGUGGUUUCUCUGGCUCAGAGUUUCAGCUCAAACAGGUUCAUACCACCAUCAGACUGCUGCUGGACGCCUACUUUCCCACUCUGUCUGGAGUGAAGGUCAUCGCUCAGCCUGGUAGCUACUACGUCUCCUCUGCCUUCACUCUGGCUGUCAAUGUCAUCGGCAAGAAGGUUGUGGCCCGGGACCGGAACGGCCUUGCUCGGGAUGAGCUGACCCCAGCUGACGAGCCAGAGUUCCUGUACUACCUGAACGACGGCGUCUACGGGUCUUUCUCCAGCAAGCUGCUGAACCCCAGAAUCCCUGCCCCGGCUGUGCACAAGGGGGCCAGGGCUGAGGAGCCAAUGUUCUCCAGCAGCCUGUGGGGUCCAUCAUGUGACAGCCUAGACCAGCUGGUAGACCACUGCCUGCUGCCUGAGCUCAGCCCUGGAGACUGGCUGGUCUUUAACAACAUGGGGGCUGCUGGUCUGGGGGACAUCUCCUCCUUCAGUGACCGCUCAGCCAUCAGACCACCUGUCUACUACACUGUCUCCACUGCUGACUGGUACAACAUACAGGAGGCUGGAAUAGCUGUGGACAGCAUCAUGAAGAACGUGUCCAUGGUCCAGUACGGUGCAUAGCUCCGCUCUGUCCCUCCCGAGAGAGAUCUCCUUACCCUGGGCUUUUAGUGGUCAACAUUCCAACGGCCUUGGAAAAUGAAGUGUUCAUCUUUCCAGGAAGGUUGAAAUAGACUUGUGAUUUCCUGGGAACAGAAAACGAUUUAUUGGUGACCCAUACCUCCAAUUCUCAAUUUGUUUUUGGAAAAAAGAAAAAGAUCAACACGUUUAUCCCUCUUCCUACUCGCCCCUCCUCCUCCUCAGAUAGAAAACAGCACGUUUAUCCCUCUUCCUACUCGCCCCUCCUCCUCCUCAGAUAGAAAACACGUUUAUCCCUCUUCCUACUCGCCCCUCCUCCUCCUCCUCCUCCUCAGAUAGAAAACACGUUUAUCCCUCUUCCUACUCGCCCCUCCUCCUCCUCAGAUAGAAAACACAUUUAUCCCUCUUCCUACUCGCCCCUCCUCCUCCUCAGAUAGAAAACACAUUUAUCCCUCUUCCUACUCGCCCCUCCUCCUCCUCAGAUAGAAAACACAUUUAUCCCUCUUCCUACUCGCCCCUCCUCCUCCUCAGAUAGAAAACAGCACGUUUAUCCCUCUUCCUCCUCGCCCCUCAGAUAGAAAACAGGUUUAUCCCUCUUCCUACUCGCCCCUCCUCCUCCUCCUCCUCCUCAGAUAGAAAACACGUUUAUCCCUCUUCCUACUCGCCCCUCCUCCUCCUCAGAUAGAAAACAGCACGUUUAUCCCUCUUCCUACUCGCCCCUCCUCCUCCUCAGAUAGAAAACAGCACGUUUAUCCCUCUUCCUACUCGCCCCUCCUCCUCCUCA